AUGAUAAAGGCUGUGCAAUUUCAUCCACCGUUGAAGAAGCCCAGCUCCUCUACCACAACAGAAGUUGAUUAUGGGUGUGUUGGCUCAAAUGAUGAAAGCAGCAUUGAUGAGAAUCAAACACAACAGAAUGAAGUGCGGGUUGCCGCUCCCGAGGAAGACCUUGCCAAAGUAACUACGGCUGGCUCCGACUCAGGUUAUUCUUCGGGCACCAAUUCUAUUCUCCCUGCCCAGGAUAUUGAAAGAUUGCACGUCCCUCUUGACAACCUUACCAAGGCUGACAGCGAGUCACACCCAGCUCGAGCGGUAAUGAGCACGCCACUCGAUGAGGCGAUUUGUGCUGCAUACAAAGAUGUUCAAGAAUUCAACCCAGCAUUACCCGCGGAAGCGACUGCUUCCACCAAGUCCUUCGGGACUCUAGACGCUCCUACAGAUAGCGUAUCCGAAGAAAAGCCUGUCAUAGAGGCUGCAGUGGAGCCCGAAUGUGUUGUCUCGGCACCCCAUACCCGCAAGAUGGCCCGAGCGAUAUCUCCAAGAACCAAGAUGCUGAAAUUGCAACAACAAGCUGCACAUAACGAUGAAACCCCUAUUACAGUAUCGAAAGAGGUCGAGGAACCAAUCAUCAUAGAGUGCACGACACCUGAAUCCACGGUUAUUCCGGUCCUUCCUCCCUCGCCUCCUGCUUCAGAAUGUAGCACUGCUAGCGAUGACUCGAUCACCUUCAUCACAUCACCCUCAUUAUCUACAACAUCCAACCAGCGAACGUCAUUCCCUACUGAAGCUACAGAUGGUGUCGAUGGUCUUUCCCCGUGCCCGGUCGAAGAAGAUUUCAUGGUUCAAGAUGGCGCCGCAGAGCAAUCUAACCCCACAGAAGACACAGAUGAGCAGCCCCAGGAGCUGUACAUGAAAGAUCCUUCAGAAGUCACGGCAUGGAUCGAGGGAUCGGAUUCUCCUCAUUCCUCAUCCUCCUCAUCCAACAACUCCAGCAUGGGAAACACAAACCCUACAAAACAACAACGCAAGAAAGCGAACCGCAAAGCCCGACAGCGAACAUCAGAGCUGAUGACCAAGAUAGAGCAGGAGAUGCUGGCAGAGCGUGUUAAGGUGCAGGAAGCGAAGAAAGAACAUCAGAAAAUGAAGAAAGACAGAAAGAAGUUGGAGAAGGAGAUUUGUGGCGGAAAGGGGAAGGCGAAAGGGAAGAGCCAGAGUGCACAGCCCACGAAGAAGACGAAGAAGGCGAAAAAGGAGAGAAAGAUUGGAUACGUGAUCGGUUGA